UUUCGCAGCUAAACGUGGUGUUUGGUGGAAUAACCAGUAACUGCUGUCUGACCGGAAAAAACCUUUGUUUACUAUUUUCAAGAUGGCGGCGGGAAUGUAUUUAGAACACUACCUUGACAGCAUCGAGAACCUACCCUUUGAGCUGCAGAGGAAUUUCACCCUCAUGCGAGACCUGGACACACGGACAGAGGAUCUAAAAGGGCAGAUAGACUCUCUGGCCCGCGAGUACACGUCAAACGCACGCACACUCUCCUCUGAGCAGAAGCUGUCCCUGCUCCGGCAGCUCCAGCAGUCCCAUGGCAAGUGUAAAGAGUUUGGCGAUGACAAGGUCCAGCUGGCCAUGCAGACGUACGAGAUGGUGGACAAACACAUCCGCCGGCUGGACACAGACCUGGCCCGCUUCGAGGCCGAUCUCAAGGAGAAACAGAUCGAAAGCACAGACUAUGACUCCACCUCUAGCAAGGGAAACAAGAGUGAGCACAGGGGGCCAAAAGAGAAGAAGGUGGCUCGUACGAGGUUAAAGGUCAAGUCAGAUGACGACUGCAGCCCCAAGAGUGGGCAGAAGAAAGUCAAACUAACCCAAGCGCCAGAGUUCACGGCCCCCGCGGCGAACUUUGGGAACGUGCACCCCUCAGACGUGCUGGACAUGCCGGUGGACCCCAACGAGCCCACCUACUGCCUGUGUCACCAAGUGUCCUAUGGGGAGAUGAUCGGCUGUGACAACACCGACUGCUCCAUUGAAUGGUUUCACUUUGCCUGUGUGGGGCUGACGACUAAACCCAGAGGAAAAUGGUUCUGUCCACGAUGUACUCAGGAGAGGAAGAAAAAGUGAACUCCGAGGCAGUCAUAAUCCUAUAGGGGAGGACGUUAAACAGGGAGGCUUAACAGCGUUUCAAUUGAAACAAACCCUCCAUAGACUUAACCUGGGCACUCUCCGCAGGGUUGUGUUCAGUAGGUAACACCGGCGCAUUGUUUUGAAACGCAAAACCAGAAUGAGUUUCCUGUUGGACAAGUCCGGGUAGACCCUUCCUUGCAUCAGUCCGUUUUCUUCCAUUCGGUGUGUUAUGAAUACAUGCCCCAGUAUUAGGUUAUUGCCGGUCUGCCAUCCAGUAUACCUCUCUUUGAAAAAGAAGUAGGGGGGGGUGGUGUUUGACGGAGGAGAGUUACAGCACCGCGGUUAAUCCAAUUUAUUAACAUUUUUUAACUUUGUGAUGGUUGCUUUAAUGAUUUUACACCCUUAUUUUAUAGCCACUGGUUCUAGAUGUCUUUCAACCACUUUAAUUACAUUUGUGUGGUUAUUACAGAUAGUCUGAUUCACAUAAUGGUUCGGUUAAAACAUGUUUUGCAAGAAGAACAAUUUCCCUAAUAAUCCUGUUUACAGGGACUUGGAUUAAUGUCCAAAGGAAAUAUGAGUCCUACACAUCAACUGUUAUAUUUGGGAUGUCUAUUUGGAGUCUGUGUUUGGAAACUAUGUGAAAACUACUACCGAGACAUUAUUUCCCCCUAACUCGCAUCCCUCACACUAAAUAGGGAGGCUCACUCGGUUGGUGCUAGAACAUACAUGGAUCAAAUGUCCAGCUGGGAUAUGAAUUAGGGUGUUCGAUUGAUCACUCAAUAUUGAACUAGUGUGCAUGAAAACAUACUGACAUGCACUGAAUCGUUUUAAACUGUACACUAUUCAGUUGUAGUACACUUUGCAAAUAUCAGAUGUAUCAACAGAAAAUAAGUUCUGCAAAUAACUAUGAUUAUUGCCCUAUCAGACAUUUGGUGGCCUGGAAUGAAAAUUAAUUCAGCUUUGUUGUUGAUGUAGAUAAAUAAUUUGACUGAAAAAAACAUACUCAGGGUCAGAAAGCAGAGAUCUAGCACUAGUUCAGAAUGCUUUGGAAAGCAUUGGACAUGUCUCUCACAUUUACUCAAACAGUUUUCCCCUGAAUAUUAAUUUCUUUGAAAGUUAGGGAAGUGAGCUGGAAAACCAAUUAAAGAAAUGUAAAUGGUAACAAUACAAAAAAAUAACCAGUAUCCUAUGUAAAUGAGGAAUUUAUUUGAAUCCUUACACUUUAAGGUCAGUGCUAUAAGAACAGAUAUUUCAAUGUACUUAAAGGUAGAAGACAAACAUUUUGGAUAUGUUGCUCGGUGUGUUUUGAAUGGUGCCUUAAGAAUAUUCUUCAAUGUACAUUUUUCUUUGUUACAUUUUUGUCCUUUUUAUGUAUUCUGACUUCUAAGUGAAGUCAUUGUUUUGAGAGAAUGUUUCUUUGUUAGUAAAGCAAAUCAAAUGGCGUAGAAUUUACUACAUCAUCAUCAGCUAUUUGUUACACAUUAGUUUAUAACUACUGGAUGGUGAAUUGGGAAAAGGCAACACAAUGCAUAGAAAAUGUUAUGGAAAUGUAUUUGUAUAUGUCCUUACUCAUACAAAAUGUUGCAUUAGAAACAGGGAAAGGGCAACACAACGCAUGGAAAACAUACUACCCUAUACAAUAACUUACAUUAGAAAAAGAUUGGUUUAUACCAUGGUGUACUGUCACAUUAAUAACUGCAGCUUUCAUUUUACUAUUAAUAAAAUCAGAAAUGCAUAUGUU